ACUUCCUUUUAAUCUCUUUUGAGCACUGUAAUCACUCUCCACCAUUCACACCCUUCAGCCAUCUUGUACUCUCUCUGUCUUUCUCUCUUUUUCUUUCUCUAUAAGAACAAUACCAUCAACCCAAACUGUACUCCUCACACAUCUCUUGACCAUGGCUGACCCUUACUCUAAUUUCUUUUCUGAUUACAUCAAGUUCAAUAACCCUCUUCAUCAUCAUAACCAGCAGCCACCUCCACCACCGCCGUAUAAUCACACCUUCUAUGGUAACUUUUACCAAAACCAUAUUCCUUGUGUUCAAUACCAAACCUCACCUCCGUCUCCUCCGCUGAGAGAAGCUCUACCUCUUCUGAGCUUGACGCCAACAAGGCAUGAAAAAGAAGAAGAGGAGCAGGAGCAGGAGGAGGAGGAGGAGGAGGAAGAAGAAGAUGAUCUUAAUCUUCAGCAUCAUCAGCAUGAACAUUCUUGCACUGCCAUGGAUUUGGACAAAAGCAAAGGGAAAUUGGAGGGUUUGUUUUUGAGUAAUUCUAGUACUAGUGGAGCUACUGCUCAAACUCUUGAAGAUGAAACUGUGACUGUUGCACUACACAUAGGUUUACCAAGCCCUAGCGCGGCUGAAAUGGCGUCUGUUUUAUCAUCUUCUUCCGAGAUCACUGAUAAAGAUGGAGAUGGUGAUGAUUCUGGGUACCCUAUCAACAGACUCAACAAGGGUCACUAUUGGAUCCCUACUCCUUCUCAGAUUCUCAUUGGCCCUACUCAGUUUUCUUGUCCUGUAUGUUGCAAGACUUUCAACCGAUACAAUAACAUGCAGAUGCAUAUGUGGGGGCAUGGAUCACAAUAUAGGAAAGGCCCUGAAUCUCUAAGGGGAACUCAACCAACAGGUAUGCUUAGGCUUCCUUGCUAUUGUUGUGCACCAGGGUGCAGGAACAACAUUGAUCAUCCAAGAGCGAAGCCGCUUAAGGAUUUUAGAACCCUGCAAACACAUUACAAGAGGAAGCAUGGUAUUAAGCCAUUCAUGUGCAGAAAAUGUGGAAAGGCAUUUGCAGUGAGGGGAGAUUGGAGGACUCAUGAAAAGAAUUGUGGAAAGCUUUGGUAUUGCAUUUGUGGGUCUGAUUUCAAGCACAAGAGAUCUCUUAAAGACCAUAUAAAAGCUUUUGGAAAUGGCCAUGCAGCUUAUGGCAUUGAUGGUUUUGAAGAAGAAGAAGAACCAGCAUCUGAAGUAGAACAAGAUAAUGACUCUAUGCAGUGAAAUGGUUAUACAUAUAUAUUAAUUUACAAGCUUCAGUUGGAUUGAUAUUGCCAGGCUUUCCAAGUAAGAAAACAUAAGCAUCAAUUUACUUGGAGAGUCACCUUUUCUCUUCUUGUAUCUUUUUUUUAGGAAUUCUAGCCUAUCUACGAAUUGUAGGAUAAUCAUUAAACACAUCCAUGCUAGACUAAGUUCAUGUAAAUUCAUUUUCUUUCUAAUUAAGUUUUUUUUUUUU